CACGGCGUCAUGGUUUCCGUCCGCCAUUUUUGUUUGUGCCAACUUAAGCUAGCCAAAAUGGUAGUGCGCUAGCUGUACGCUAUGGUGUGAUGAGGCCGCGCACAUUGAAGUCUACCAAAGUUAUUCUACAAAAUUGUAUUCUGGCAGGCAACAUACAAACGUGCGAAACGGACUGACCAAUGAUAUCGAGGUUGAAGGCGAGGCUGCUCCGUUUCUUCUUGCCAUCUCACAGCGACGGCACGCCGCCGGAGGAACACCGGCGCGCCACUGAGAAACGUAAACGCGACGAAAGCAUGGACGGUGACGGUGACGACGACGACGAUGUCAUUGUCGAGGCUCGGAACAGCCGUAAGCACUUUCGCGCCGACGACACUCGCCUGGCAGCGCCGGGCAGACCGGAGAAUCAUCGCGAGAGCUGGCUUCGCUGGGCGAUUCCGAAGCCUAUGCAGAACUUCUUCGUCAGCCAGGCGGUGCGCUGUCUCAGCCCAACUGGCGCUCCCGAACCUCCUCGGGACCGCCUUGUCGUGCCUCGGUUACAACCACCAGACCAGCAGCAGACGACGUUCUGGUCCCCAGAACGGCGCCAGAACUACAGACCUGCAUCCCUUUCCGCAUCGCUGCCGUCGGUGGCCGAGCCAAAGUCGGAACCCUCUAGGCAGGUUAUUAGGAACCACAAUUCACCGCUGUAUUAUUGCAGAACAAGAGGCGCGCCAUCUCAGAGAUCUUCGCCCGAAAGUGUCAAAAUGCGAGGCUCGCCGAGUCCAACGAACUCCGGUUGCGCGGCUCCCUUACGUAACGGUGGUCGCUACAUUACCUCGACGCCGUACAGUUGCAUGCGACUUCAGGAGAAGCGCGAAUACCAGCUGCUUCUGCAGCAGCAGUGCACCGCUCCACAGUACCAGUUGAAUCCACGCUUACGGGAUGUCAGCACGAGUAGCACUGGUGAGGCGAGCAGCAGCGCUGCAUUUGCGAAGCCUGAAUGGUCCCCUUUGGUACCACCCCGGGAGCAAGAUGCGAGGAAGACCGACAAGCCGCAAAGUGAGAGAACAGCACCUGCAUCACUCUUCGUGAAGUCGUAUACAUCUGCGAAGCACUUGACAUUCCCGAAGCUCAAAGCACCCUGGAAACCCACUACUGCGUCAGCGUCAUCAAAACCUCACCUGACAUCAUUAACAUCUGAUGCUGCUACUGCGAAAAAGUCGACAACGUCGACUCCAUCAUCAGUACGCACAGUAACACCGGAGAUUCCCGAACUGCCAUCCAGCCACUUCUUUUCGCCGACAUGGCUUCAGGAGCUGAAAGACAAGCUCAAGCACAUGGACCAAACAGCCCAGGCAAGCAUAAUCACCAAGGAGAAGAGCCUGGAAGGCCGGUUAAAGAAAGCCUAUUCGGUGUCGUCGAAAGAAAAGCCUUCCGUAACAGAGGUCGAGGCCGAAGUGACGAAAGAAGUACUGCCCAAGCUGACACCCAAAAUGGAGUCUGCCAUUGACCGUGCGCUGAGACCGACACCUGCUGACGAAGUGAUUGCCACGGGAUUCAAGUUGACGGUGACGCGCAAGGACAUGGAAACACUCGGCGGUUUGAACUGGCUAAAUGACGAGGUCAUCAACUUCUACAUGAACAUGCUCAUGGAGCGUGGCCGCACUGAGCCAGGUCUACCUUCAGUGUAUGCUUUCAAUACCUUCUUCUACCCCAAGCUCCUCGCCAGCGGUUACACCGCCAUCAAGCGCUGGACGAGACGAGUGGAUAUUUUUUCGUAUGACCUCAUCCUUGUUCCGGUGCAUUUGGGCGUUCACUGGUGCCUGGCAGUCAUCGACUUCCGACAUAGCACGAUUCGUUAUUAUGACUCCAUGGGCGGCCAAAACCCCAAGUGCCUCGAGAUGCUGCGCAAGUACCUGCAAGAGGAAAGCAGGGACAAGAAGCAGAAGGAACUCGAUAUGUCUGACUGGACGUACGAGACUGUGAAGGACAUUCCGCACCAGAUGAACGGGAGCGACUGUGGGAUGUUUGCUCUCAAGUACGCCGAAUACAUUACGCGGGAUGCCAAGAUCACUUUCGAACAGUUAAACAUGCCCUACUUCAGGAGGCGUAUGGUGUACGAAAUUCUGACCAACAAGCUUCUCUAAACCGAACACGGAACGUCCGACUCCAUGGUGAUCCACAUCAUCCAUCUAGCAUUUGGACAUGACAAGGCUUCGCGGUUGCCUGUGCGGCUACUGGUGACACUUUAUUUCUACAGUUGCCAUCUUUGUAGAGGUUUACCGAUGAAUGUGGAACUUCAUGGCCAUUUGUGUUCUUCAUAGCGGCACGAUGAUUGUUCUGAACUCGGCAUGCCCAGGUCGCCGUUCUGAGGACGUGCUGGUGCAACCUUUGCCUUGUGUUAUAUAGCAUUUUCUAAUCUUUUUGCAAGUUGUGGUAAUUUUAGACGGAACGUGUCAUGAAUCGUAGCACCUGGUUGUCGCCACCACGGAGUAUUUAUUAUCAACAACUCCAUUCUUACAUAGCUCAUUUUCUUUUUUUGUACCCAAGUUUCAAACAGUCUGUUUCGGAUGUAGUUUUGUACUAUAAGAAGUGUCUUUACCACUCUCUUUUUUGUUGUAUUUUGGUGAAAAAGGUAUAUUUUAUAAUUGUGUAAAGAAUUACGUGCUUUCUUAUCUCUAUAAUUUUUCAGAAGUGAACAAAGCAGAUGGAGCUGUAAUAAAUGCGCGUCUUAUUAUUUGUAAGCACUAGACCCCA